AUGUCAGAGCUUCCUAUCCCGAGACAAUGUACACUGAUAAUGGCCUCUGGUGAACACGAAGCUGAGGCUCAUUGCUCCUUUCCUCUAAUGGGGACUAACCAGAAUGAUGCCGUUGUGGCAAAAAAGACAUUCAAAUACUGUCCGGGAUUAAAAAAUGAACAACUACUAACUGCACUUUCCCAAAAUUCCAUUAAAUCCAACACAAAUGUCGUGGUCAACUCUGACGCUGUACGUCCAUAUUCCGGCAGCGGGUUCAUAGAUAUCACUGAAGUCCAAGAGUUUCGCCUAGAAAUACCACUGGCGAAAGAGAGAUACAAAGUGGGUUCAUACAGCCAACUGCGGCCAAGUAAGUUAAACCAUCGAGUCGUUGGCUUCCGGAGUCGGACUAUGGCUCCAGCCAGUGAGCUGAAAAUGAUAGAUAUGAGCUGUCCAUCACUUACGGCUGGUUGGCUGUCGAAAAGAGACUAUAGCAACUUGAACGCAAAUGCGAAGCGCAAAUAUCUACUGGAAUACACCGUUGUCUGGCAAAAAGUCUGCCUAAUGCCGCAAAAGACUCACAGAAGGGAACACAACAGCUAUAUUCCCAACAAGCGAGUGCGAAAGUACGACGUUCUCAAGCUAUUUAUUGGAGAGACACCGUCUAAACUUGGUCCAAUGCUGACGCAGGCGGUCUGGCUUUGGUAUGAGGCUGCGACUGCUGCAUAUUGCGGGAGCGUUGUCUGA